UCAUCAUCAAAGCCUGUUAUGCCUCUGUCAGUAGAGGAGCUAGUGAUUGGUGACAGUUGAACCAGCAGUGGUGUGUAAAAGUGUGAAAUGCAGUAAAGCUACAGCAAGUUUUCAGAAUAGCUAAAUUCAUCAAAAGAUAUACCAAGCAACAAGGAUUCAAUUGGAUUUUCAUAAACUAAUGGAAAGUAUCAUAUUUCUCUUGAAAAUUACUACUACACUGAGAAGAAAAUGACAACAAGGAGAUAUUUUCAUCAAUUGUUUUCAAGAAAUUCUGAUAGAACUCAGACACCAUCUGAACCAGCUCAAAGUUCACCGGCAGAUUUUGAAGAACUUAGUGGUUCUAUUGGCACUAGCAUUAGCCCUAACAUUGGUACUAACAAACUGCACAGGUCUAAAUCUGGUCGCUUAAAAGAGUUUUGCAAGGUGAGACCAGCUCUAGCACAGGUUGCGUUUGUUGCACCUGAAGAUAAGGCACAAAGUGCACCUGUGAUAUCAAUGAAUAAGCCAGGUAUUGGAUUGACAAGCAGAGAUCUCACAAGAAACGAAAGUGUGCGUCUAAGGCAAUCACUUCACUUUGUGGCUAAUAGUUCAACCUCACCCGCAACAAAAGAUACGGCAGUAUCUGUAAAACAUUCUGAAGUUGAAGAUCCUGACUCAAAUGAAAAUUGGGACGAAGUAUUCUGAGACAUGACGUAGCGAGAAACCAUGACCAUUUAGUGAUUUGGUUAUUUAAAAUGACCAAAUAAAUCAAUAUAUUAGCAUAAUACGCAUAAUCUAAGAUAAAUAACCUAUUUAAAAAUAUGUUUUAAUUUUUGUGUUUAUUGUGUUUAACUUGUGUUUGUCUUAUGAAAAGUGAAUAAAGAGUACAAAUGAUAACACCAAAA